AUGUUCACAUCAUCUGAUCCGAAUUUACCUGAUUUGGAUUUUGAACUUGUUGAUGAAAAACAAAAUGAUUAUGGAACUGAGCCACUUAUCAAAGAUUUUUUAUCAUCACCAGCACCAGCAUAUAGAAUGGCUCAGCCAACAAACAUAAACAAGCGUGUUGGAAUGAAUCAAUUACGAAGACAAUUAACCGAUGAAAGUCCAACUAAACAACGAGCAUCACCAAAUCUAACUGGUACAAGUUUAACUUCGCAGCCAUCGCUUUUAACUCGUGAUAGAGAUACUAAUCCAAUACGAAUAAGCAAUUCGUCAAAUGCAAUCCGAAUGCCAUCGUCAGCAAAUACGAAACCGUUUGAUUCAACAACAUUUUUACUUCAACAAUCAAUUUCACCAUCACAGAUGACUCAGACAGUUCAAAGUCUUCUUGAAAAUCCAACAAGAUAUCAUCUCGAACAAAUGUCUCGCAAGCAAACGCUAGUUGGUGAUGAACGUUCUAUAAUACAACAAACAAAUGUUUUAAAUCAAGACGAAUCAUCUCCAGAUAGUGAAAUCACAUCUGAAAUGGACGACCAACUUAACGAUGAUACAACGUGUGGGAGUAUUGACAGUAAUACGCGUGGCAUUAGUAUUACACCUCGAUUAUCAACAACGUUGACUGGUGAGCAUAUGGGCUCAGCAUUUUUGUCAUCAUCAUUAUCAAAAGAUGGAACUGAUAGUAGCUCCCGUCAUUCAUCAUCAUGCCCAACAAAUAUACUCAGUGCCAAAGCAAAAAUUGGUUUACCACUAACAGAUGAUGAAAUGCGUCUUGUUCUACGUGAUCGACAGAAAAAAGAUAAUCAUAACAUGAUUGAACGUCGUCGCCGAUUUAAUAUCAACGAUCGUAUUAAAGAGUUGGGUACUCUACUGCCAAAAGGAACUGAGUUAGACUCAAAACAAAAUAAAGGUACAAUAUUACGUGCAUCGGUUGAUUAUAUUAAAAUACUACGCCGUCAGUAUGAUAAUGCUGUUUUAAUUGAAGAAAAAUAUCAAAUGCUCGCACAACAAAAUAUGGCAUUACAAGAACGAGUAAAAGAACUAGAAAGAAAAUGUUAUUCAAAUGGUAUUUCAAUAAAUUCAUCAUCAGCAACAGCAACAAUUCAAAGUUCGCCAGCUAUUGCUGUUGCUAAUACGAAUGUAGUUAAACAAGAGCCAUCGUCAUUAUCAUCGUCAUUAAAUACUAAUAAUCCAUUGGUACCUCCAUCCACACCAAUAUUUGCAACGUUUGACUCUCUUCCACCGCUUGAUUCACUUUCAUCAUUUGGUAUCGUUGAUGAAGAUAGUAAUGAUACGAAUAGUGGCAUUGGAAAUAAUUCAAACGAUCCAUUAUCACCAUUUACUCACGAUCCAUUUCUAUCGUCUACAUCGUUCGGUUUCGAUAAUGAAAUGGACAUCGGAGGAGGAUUUACAUAA